UUCUCGGAUCCCUCUACUCAUAUUAAAGAAACCAACACUCCCUCAAAUCUCUCGAAAAAGCAUCUCUCUCUCUCUCUCUUUCUCAUACAUGAAAGAGUGAGCUUCAAUUCUCCUUCUACUUCUUCUUUCGAUCUCCAAGAACACUCGAUCGUUAUCAUCUUCCAUUUUCAAUCUCUUCUUUUUAUGGCACUCCUCACUUUCUUACCGCCAGAAAAACAGCAACAACAACAACCAAACACCCAGAAACAACAACAACGUAAGAGGAAACAACACCUGCAGAAUCCGAAGAAGCAGCAGCCGAAGCCGGCAAAGCCGCCGUCUUCAUGGGAUUCUUUCAAGAGCCUGCUCACGUGCAAGCAGGUGGAAGGAUCCGCCGUCCACGACCCCUCCAAGAGCGGUGGCGGCGGCUACGUGCUCGGCGGCCCUUGCGGCUCAAUCUGCAGCUUCAGAGACGUCGUUCAUGGGAACACUAGCCGGGUGGUUCACCGAGCUGAUAACUCCCCAGAGAGCAGCAGCUUGGGCCAGGAGACUCGGCUUCUCAGCAAGAAAAACGGAUGCGCCGCCAACAGCGGCUCGUCUUCCAGGUCGUCCUUGCCGGCGCCGGCGGCGAGAUCACACGGCGGUUCGAGUUACGGCGGCUCGUCUAGAGCCAUGCAGUUCAGAAAGCUUUCUGGGUGUUAUGAAUGUCACACCAUCGUUGACCCUAGCAGAUAUCCAAUGCCAAGAACAAUAUGCGCAUGCCCAGAUUGUGGAGAGGUUUUCCCAAAGAUUGAGAGCCUGGAACAUCAUCAAGCUGUUAGACAUGCUGUUUCUGAGCUGGGACCGGAGGAUUCGAGCCGGAAUAUAGUGGAAAUAAUCUUCAAGUCGAGCUGGUUAAAGAAGGACAACCCGGUUUGCAAGAUCGAACGGAUACUGAAGGUCCACAACACGCAGCGCACGAUCCAACGGUUCGAGGACUGCAGGGACGCCGUGAAGAUACGCGCCAACGCCGCCGGCAAGAAGAACCCGAGGUGCGCCGCCGACGGGAACGAGCUGCUCAGGUUUUACUGCACCACCCUCACGUGCGCGCUGGGGGCGCGUGGCUCGUCCAGCCUGUGCGGCUCGCUCCCGGGCUGCGGAGUCUGCACCAUCAUACGCCACGGCUUCCAGGGCAACAAGGUGGCCGGGAUCCGCACCACCGCCAGCAGCGGCCGCGCCCACGACUGCCCCAACGGCGGAAGCGACGGGCGGAGGGCGAUGCUGGUGUGCCGGGUGAUCGCCGGGAGAGUGCGGCGCGUGGUGGAGGACACGGGCGCGGGAGAUGAGGAAGCUGGUCCCGGCGGCUUGUCGGCUUCAGCCGGGUCGUACGAGUCGGUAGCCGGAUACGGAGGAAUAUACUCGAAUCUGGAGGAAUUAUACGUAUUUAAUCCGAGGGCUAUACUUCCAUGCUUUGUUGUGAUCUAUAAAGCUAUGGAAUCUUAGGUUUGAAUAGGGCAUCUUUUUGUCUUUCAGCUGUUUGUACGGUUUAGUUUUCUGUCUGUUAAUCAUCACUUGCAUAACUACUUCUGGUGGGUUAAAAGGUCAAACCAAAAAUACAAAAUCCAACCCAUUAUGGAAGUUUUCUUGUAUAUUUAAUUACGGAAUAGUUUGUAUUUUUAUAUCAAAACUAGCUUGUAUUUUUCUUUUA